UUAGCGCAGCCCGUAAGGGGGCGUGCGCAAAUGCUUUCUUUUCUAGAAGGAGCGGUGCUCUUUGUUGACGGAAUUUGUGUUGUAAAGCGAACUUUUUGCGGCGAUGCCAUUAUACAAGUCGGCUGUUCUAAGCCUCCUAUUUUGUCUGGUCACAAACUCUGCACCGUAUGCAAUUGAGGAGUUGCAUGGAAGCACAUCAUUAGGGAAGAAGAACAAGGGGACCGGAAACUGGUAUGAGAAAUUGAGCGGUUAACCGAUCAGUGCUAAACAGCAUUAGCGGCGCUCAUCGUGGAUUUGUCAACGCUACAAUUUCACAUUCUAUUUCCGAUAUUCUUUUACUUCUUUCCUGGUCGUCUGCUUCGAGGCAAUUCCUCUAUCGUGCCGAACGGGCUGGCCACCCUCACCCACCAUCACGCCUUGUGGUCCCGUGUGACUAUGCCCUGUAGUAUUUAUUGGUGGAGUAUUGUUGUAAUAGGACUUAUAUGACGCUUUUAACAGAACGAAACAGAAACUCGAAAAGCACGUGGAAAACUACUCCACCCGCUAGAAGAAAUGGAAUUGCGUGGUGCGCGUCGUUUAAACUCGGCACUGAUUAGUGGCGGGAGCCAAGUGAGAUGACGCCAACAAGAGCGACAACAGGGCGAGGCAGAUCAUCGGUUUCUGACGGAAAGGGCGAGGGAGCAGGACGGGGCCCUCCGGAAGCAGCCCGUCGCGCUUCCGCCCGGGCCGCGGCCAGCAGGCUCGCCAGCAGGUGCGUUGUCCAGCGCGGGGGCCGCCGCGAUAGCGCCUCGACGCGCAGCUAUAAGUCGCGCCGGAAGCGGCCGCGCGGCUCAGAGGGAGUCCAGUCCAGCCAUGCCCAGGUCCCUGCGCGCCCUGCUCCCGGCCGUCAUGCGGGUGUCCGUCGCGGCGCUGUUGGCGGGCUGGCUGUGCGCCGCCCGCGCCCAGGAGACCGACUGGUCGAGCGUCCGUCUCAAGACGGGGGAGCCACAGCUGCUCCUCCAGCACGUCAUGGACGUCGAGAUGGAGGGCGUCGACUACCCCGACAACGCGUUCGUCAGCCGCGUGGGAGAGACGCGCUCCGGGGGUGACGCGGCCAGCUUCCGGAUCGUGGCGGGGCAGGAGGCCGAGCCGCACCAGUUCCCUUGGCAGGUGGGCAUGCUGAUCCAGGGCGAGGACGGCGAGAUGUUCUUCUGCGGCGGCUCCCUGCUCACGCCCGAGUGGGUGCUGACCGCCGCGCACUGCGCCGAGCCCGGGUACAUCUUCGAGGUGAUCCUGGGCGCGCACCGCAUCCGGGAGCGCGAGGAGAGCCAGCAGCGCUUCAAAGUGAAGAAGACCGACUCGACCGUGUUUGUGCACCCGGAGUGGGACGCAGAGAAGACGGCCAACGACAUCGCCCUCAUCAAGCUUCCCAACGCCGCCAAGCUGAACGAGUACGUCCAGCUGACGCGCAUCCCUUCGAAGCAGCGCGCGGAGGCCUCGUUGUGGAACAAGAACGCCACGAUGAGCGGCUGGGGCAAACCCAGCGAUUCCGCAGAGUCCAUAUCGCCAGUGCUUAGGUUCGUCGUGACGAGGAUAGUGUCCAAUUACUACUGCAAUUUCCGAUACAUGUUCCUCAUCAUAAAGGACACCAACAUUUGCGCCUCCGGAUUUUCCGGGAAGAGCACCUGCAACGGAGACAGCGGCGGUCCGCUCACGGUACCGGACGCUGACACCAAGCCCACGCAGGUCGGCGUCACCUCCUUCGGCAUCGGCCUGGGCUGCGAGAAGUACUGGCCGCCGGCCUUCACCAGGGUCUCGGCCUACCUGGACUGGAUGACCAAGAUCACGGGCGGAGGCUUCCAUGACACCACAGACCUGGGGCCGCUGAGCUCCAACGGCACCCUUUGGUGAGGACGCCCGUCGGCCAAAGGCUGUCGGACUGCAACUCGGGAGCUCAGAGCGGACGGCCAGUGUCACCACGGGUCUCACCACCACGGGUGUCACUACGGGUGUCACUACGGGUGUCACCACGGGCGUCACCACGGGCGUCACCACGGGCGUCACCACGGGCGUCACCACGGGUGUCCACACGGGUGUCCACACGGGUGUCCACACGGGUGUCACCACGGGUGUCACCACGGGUGUCACCACGGGUGUUGCCACGGGUGUCACCCCCGCCCCGCACGGGGACUGGCGUCAAGGGCGCCGCGCCCCCGCAGGCAUCAGCAGGUGACUCAGCAGUAAUGUUUGACGCGCGUCGACCAUCUCUCGCGGCAGUAUAUUCUCUUUGCCAAUAUUUUUAUUAUGCUUUGUUCUCAACGAUACGUACUGUCACGCGGGCAAGCCGACGACCAGAGGCUCGGCAAUAUUUUUUUACGAUACAAAUAAAUAAAUAUGCCGAUUCCUAUAACGGAUUUGAGAUUUCAA